UCUCACCGUAACCACUGACGAGUGCACAAGGCAAAUAUAAAACAAGACCAAAAGAAGAAAAGCAUCCUUCUCACCUUCUCACCUUCUCCCCCUUUUUUGAGAAACUCACAUUCACCAUGUGGCAACCACAUUCACCGCCACCUCCACGUAUUACUAAGUCUCCCGACCCGGAACCAAAGAAGGCUGCUCGUCGUAUCGCACAAGUUGUGAAGCUGAAACCCGAGUUUGUCGACAAAUACAAGGAAGUGCACGCGGCUGUGUGGCCGGAAGUUUUACAGCAGAUAAAAGACUGCAAUAUUCAGGACUACAGCAUAUGCCAUGAUCCUGGUACCGGCAUCCUCUUUGCAACCUUUAAAUACGUCGGCUACGACUAUUCGGGGGACAUGGAGCGUAUGCGAGGAAAUCCUAAGGUAAGAGAGUGGUGGGCUAUGACUGACGGUUUUCAAGAGAGCUUGGUGCCUGGUGCCAAAAGCAGCGAGUCUGGCAAUCCGGCAUGGUGGAAAGAACUCGAGGAGGUAUUUUAUUUAGAGUGAGGGUGAAUUCCAAAUUGAAUGGUCAAGUUUGUUUGUAAACACCAACGAGAUCAAUGCCAGAGGAUAUUGCAGAUAUGACAUAAAUCUCGUGCCCGUAAACGCCCGACGUAUGGUAAACUCGUGUGUCCACUCUGACAACAGGGCGUCA